UGUUUGAACUCCGAAGCAUUAGGGGGCAGUAGCGCGUACUCACACGCCCUUAACGUACGGAGUUGUUCUUGUAGGUGAUUUUUAUUUCCUUAUUUAUUGUUUCAGAAAAACCAUAGAAAAAGACAGAUGAGAGACAUGGAAGGGCAGCCAGCAGAGGGCAGUGUGCCGUUGCAACAGUUGAAGACCAAGCUGAUCGACAUUCUGAGUGCAGACUCUGACUAUCUGCUGCAACAUGCUCAUUCCUGCGGCCUGCUCAACAUGAGGAAGUAUAACAGCAUCAAAGCCAUGAAUGACCCAUCUGAGAAGGUGUGUGAGGUGCUGGACUGUGUGAUCCAGAAGGGAGAAGCUUCCAGCAGGAAGAUGUUGAAGAUUCUGAGGGAGGCAGACAUGCUGGAGACGUUCCCAAAGCUAAGGAUCCUCAGGAAUCUCCGGAAGAACCCCAGAGGACCCAGAAAGAGCAAAAGAAGAAAUGAGGAAUGUGAAGAAAAUGUGCCCAAUGAAAAACUUAAGCGGGAGGAGCUGGUGACAGAGAGACAGCUGAUGCUCCUGGCGCAGUAUGUGGGCCACUCCUGGAAGCAGCUGGGCAUCCUGGCUCUUGGCCUAUCCAACGUGCAGCUGGACCAGGUGGAAGAGGACAAGCGCUGCCAUGUGGACCGCGUGUUCGCCAUGCUGUGCAUCUGGCGCAUGCGAGAAGGCCGACAGGCGACGGCUGCACACCUGCACCGCGUGCUGUCGCAGAGUAACAUCAGCCUGCCGCCCGAGAGCCUGGAUGUCCUCUCGUAGCCCGGAUAAAUAUGUUGAAACUACACGUGCAUCUUUGAUUGAUGUAGCGAGCCUGUUAAAUGGGCAAUUAGCAAUACUGUUUUGUUUACAUUCCUUUUAUACAAAACAAAAUAUUCUGUCAGCAUUACUACACGUUUUUGCAAUCGGUAUCAUUGGAUGACAAGGACGAUAUGGUUUAUGGGCACUUUUAUUUUCCAAAUUUCCAGAAAGAUCCAUAAAUCUGUGCAAGCGCUCCGCAUGACUAUGGUCCCCGUGGAAUGUUACAGCUCAAGGUGUCCCGGCCAGAGAAGUUGCAUGCUUUUCAUAAUGUAAAGGUCAAUAAUCAUAUGAUUUGUCAAGGAAAUUAAGAUAAUUUUUAAUUUUCUUUAUGAAUCAUUUUCAGAAAAACUUUUUAAUUUGGCUGUUCCUGUUACACCACAGUGGAUCAUGUUUCCAUUUCUUCCUGUCCUCUACAUCUUCCUCUUACACAUAUAUAAUAAUUGAUACUUUAUUGAUUGAUAUGAAAUUGUCUUUACACCUCCCUCAACUUGUCCAAAAAGGGCAGCCACCUGUAGCGGCACCCAGGGGUUAAGGGGCUUGCUGAGGCUGGGUUUGAACUCCAGUUCACCAUUGUUUGCUCAAAGACCUGCAAACCUGCUGAGGCUGGGUUUGAACUAGCAACCUUGUGAUUACACAGGCUUAGCCCACUGAGCCACAUGCUGCCCCAAUACAUACAUGUAUUUAUCUAAAUGGGGACCUUCUAUUCAUUUCUAUGG